AUGCGAUCCUCAUGGCUCUCGACCGCUUCGGCCGUCUUCGUCUGCGCUGCUGCGCUCGCCAACGCCGCCAAGCUGCCCGCUCCUCUUGAGCAGAUCCACUACGACCAGGCCGGCAACCUUGUCUGGAACGAGGACGCCGACAUCUCCAGCGCCGUUCCUUCCCUUGGUCGACCCGACUUUUCGGCCCUCAAGCUCGACGACGUCGUCGCUGCUGCCGUCCCUGUCAAGCAGGCUGCUCAGGAUGUGCUUUCCGAAUCCAUGAAGGAGGCCGAAGACGUUCUCACUUGGGCCGAGAACGAGAUCGAGCGCAUCGAGCACAAGAUCGAGGAAGCCAUCGCAGGCACCAAGCACACCGUCAACGACUGGAUCCACACCGGCAAGGUCUUUGUCGACGGCCUCGAGUUUGAGCGACUCACCCACCCUUCCUUCCCCGAGUACUCGCUGCGUCUCAACAAGCAGUCCGAAGCUUUCUGCGACAAGGAUGUCGUCCAGCACAGCGGCUACCUCGACAUCUCGGACUCGAAGCACCUCUGGUUCAUCUUCUUCGAGUCGCGCAGCAGCCCCAAGGAUGACCCUGUCGUCCUCUGGCUCAACGGUGGCCCUGGUUGCUCCUCGUCCACCGGUCUCCUCUUCGAGCUUGGCCCUUGCCGCGUCACCGAUGAAGGCCACUCCGUCAAGAACAACCCUCACUCGUGGAACAACAAGGCCAACCUGCUCUUCCUCGACCAGCCCGUCGACGUCGGCUACUCAUACUCGGACAACGACCAGGUCAACAACUCGCCCGCUGCCGCUGAAGACGUCUAUGCCUUCCUUCAGCUCUUCUUCACCAAGUUCCCUGAAUACUCUAAGCUCCCCUUCACCGCCUCGGGUGAGUCGUACGCAGGCACCUACCUCCCCAACAUCGCCUCGACCAUCUACAAGAAGAACAAGAACCUCGCCCUCGCCCGCUACAGCAACCCUGAGCUCGCUCCCAAGCACAUCAACCUCGACACGGUCAUGAUUGGCAACGGCCUCAGCUCGCCCCAGUACCAGUUCCCUUCGGUGCCCGAGUACGCCUGCGGUGCCGAUAACAAGUACGCCCUGUUUGAGCCCGGAAGCUCCACCUGCAAAACUCUUGAGCAGCAGGCUGCUACGUGCAAGUCGCUAAUUGAGUCUUGCCAGAAGUACAACUCGCGCCUCACCUGCACCCCUGCUGCCCUCUACUGCUGGAGCCGACUGUACGGCCCUGCCCAGGAGACCGGCAAGAACCUGUACGAUGUGCGUAAGGACUGCGACCGCGAGAGGGACGGUCCGCUCUGCUACAAGGACAUGGAAUACAUCGAGACGCUCCUCAACACGCCCAGCAUCAAGAAAAACCUCGGUGUUCCCGAGUCGGUCACCUUCCAGUCGUGCAACAUGAACAUCAACCAGGCCUUCCUGCUCCAGGGCGACUCGAUGCACGAUUCCGCCGCACUCCUGCCCGAGCUCAUCGAGGACGACAUUCGUGUCCUCAUCUACGCUGGUGAGGCCGACUUCAUGUGCAACUACAUGGGCAACCUCGAGUGGAUGCAGAACCUGCAGACCAGCUACCUGGACGAUUUCAACAACGGCACCGCCAAGGAGUGGACCGUCAACGGCAAGAAGGCCGGUCUUGUUCGUAAGGGAGGUAAGGGUGCAGGUAAUGUUGCCUUUGCCCAGGUGUAUGCUGCCGGCCACAUGGUUCCGUACGACCAGCCUGAGGUUGCUUCGGAUAUGAUCAACCGCUGGUUGGCUAACAAGCCGCUGGCUUGA